CGGAACCUUUGGUUUUGACUACAGGUUCUUUACGGACCUUAUUAGCAACGGACCACAGCCGCUAGGUGGCGAGAUGGAAGUCAAAAAUCCAAAUGCUGCAAUGCUCAGCAACUAUGAGGUGUUCAAACUCCUCACAGACCUGAAGGAGCAGAGGAAAAAUGCUGGGAAAAGCAAACACAACAUCGGGCAGCAGAACCUCAACACCAUCAUGUAUGAGACACUGAAGUACUUGUCGAAGACGCCGAGCAGCAGACAGAGUCCYGAGAUCGUCAAAGAGUUCCUCACCACGAUGAAGCCUCACAAACUCACAAAGGCAGAGAAACUCCAGCUGUUGAACCACCGACCACAGACUGCUGUGGAAAUUCAACUA